AUGGAUCUGGAAUCGGGAAAAAGCUGUGCAGCAGUCUUGCACUCUUCGCAGCUAGAACCGGUUCACGCGACCUUGUCGCAGACUUGGGCACAAAGUGUGAACGCGCAACUCAACCACCAAGGCAAUACGAGCAUUAGUAGCAGUAGCAGUAGCAGUGGGGGUGACAGCGAUGAUUCCCAAAGAUCUAUUGACUGGGCUACAGUGCGUCUUCGUGCUUCACAAAUGAGAACAUCGCUUGCUCGCUGGAACGAAGCCAGGAAACUUCAUGAGCAGAAAAACUCUGACACGCGUACCAAUCGCGACGCGUCACUCAUCUCCACCACAAGUUCAAACACACUGCCAGCCAAACUUACAACCAAAUCCAAUUUUGCUUUAAAAAUGGAAACCGAGGGAAAUCUUGUACAUAUUGCUACUCAUUUUGUUCCUAUUAGACCUAAACCUCGCUCAGAAGAAGAAUCGCACGAUUUUAAACAAAGCCGCGUAAAGCGUGCCAUUGCACACUUCGACGCGUUUGCUGCAGCAUCUGGGUCAUCUGUUGUCGGGCCUGGGCUCACAUUACAUGUGGGCCACUCGCCACCUGGUAAGAACACUGCUCUUGCACAAUUAAGUGUUUCUGGGAAUGGGAAAGCAUCACUUGCUGCAAUUAUUCCAUAUCCAGACAGACGACCCACAUCUCCUCCUCUUUCGCCUACUGAUGCACCACGAAGGCACAAUCAACUUAAAAGACGGCGGCCUGACUCAGACAAAGAAGAUAAAAUUGAAAGUGCCGAUAAAGAAAUUGAUUCACAAGCACGCAAGUCUGGAAAAUCUGGAUCAAUUCAUAAUGGUCGGUGUCAUCGCCGUCACAGCAUUAAUGCAUCAGUGGUCGUGCCUUUAUCGGAAUCCAAAAGACACACUAGCUGCGUCGAAUCUGAGAAUGGGCGCGUGCCAAUUGAACUAUUGCGCGAAAAAAUUCUGCAACAAGCUGACUCUGUGACUGCAGCAGCCAUGCGCAAACCUCAACAAAGGGUUUCCAAAUCAGAUUUGCAUUGCUCACACAGUAAAGAAAAAUCUCACUACCAUGAUAGAAACUGUAGUGAUCAUCGCAGUCAUAAUGUCAAAACUGAAGACCACGUUGAAGGCGCGUUUGGCGAUGCGAGAGCAGCAUUGGUUCGGCUUCGUCAGUCAGGCUCAUUUUUGUGUGACAUAGGCAAGGUGUGUGAUUUCAAUAAUUCUUUCAAAUCUGGUCCCAACAUCAAGAAAGAAAUUAAAGGCAAGCAUCCCGUUUCUGAAAAGAAAAGAAGAGUUGGACGCAGUAGUAGCCAAAACAGUAUGGGUAUCAAAAGGGAACAAGAAGGAAAGAAAGGCUUAAUUGAAAAGUCACCGACUACAGGAAAGACUCGGUCAUCUUCAAAACGAGUUAAUGUCGAUGUGAGAAAGCCCAAAAUUUCAGGUGUUUCAAAUGCACUUGGUAAUGUGCGAGUAUCCAAAGGCCCUACAUCAGCAUCUAUCAGUUCCAAGUCUCAGCCACCAUCUCUAACUCGUGAACAUAGAUUGACUCGGGCACAAAGUGCUAGUCUAAGUUCUCAGCAAAUUGCUGCAAAGGGUACUGUUUCUGCUUCUUCUAACAUCGUUUCUGAGUCGAGCGGAUCAUCAAAUAUUCCCAAACCAGUCAAGGAUAAGACCCUGCAUCCAACGGAGCCAUCGAAACAGAAUGCUCGUAAAAGCGAAAAUAUGUCUGACUUGUUACUUCCACAUGAUUCUGAUAUCAUACGGCAUUCUACGGCUCACAAGAAGAAGAAAAAGAUUGCGGUGCGUACAUAUAGCAGCCCUUCACCCAAUGUUAAGCAAAAAAGUUUGAUAAGCAAACAAGAAACAACUGAAGCUGGAAAAGCCUUACGAAGCAGCACCGAAGCUGAUGAAGGAAAUAGUGGCAAAAGUAGUCCGGUAUACGGUAGGGAAGCUGAAUGUAUCAGCAACUUGUUGUCACUACGAGCCGGUGCGUGGACAUAA